AUGGUAGAAGAAGAAGAAGAAGAAGAAGAAGAAGAAGAAGAAGAAGAAGAAGAAGAAGAAGAAGAAGAAGAAGAAGUAUACGCUUUUGCUGUAGCCAUGCAACAUAUGAAAAUAAGUUCGGAUUGGAGUCGUCUUCGAAGGAUUCGAAAUUCAUCUCCAAAACUCUUCAGGAAUGGUGAUGAAAUGACUGCGAGCGAUAAUUCUUCUUUGUUGUACCCGAUCGCAGUCUUGUUCGACGAGCUGAAGAACGAAGACUCGCAGGUGCGACUGAACGCCAUCAAGCGCCUGUCCACCAUCGCCCUCGCGCUGGGCGUGGAGAAGACGCGAUGCGAGCUCAUCCCGUUCCUCACCGACACCGUCUACGAUGAGGACGAGGUGCUGUUCGCGCUGGCCGAGCAGCUGGGCUCCUUCGCGCCCUACGUGGGCGGGCCCGAGCACGUGCACGUGCUGCUGCGCCCGCUGGAACAGCUGGCGACAGCGGACGAGACGGUGGUGCGCGACAAGGCGGUGGAGUCGCUGCGCGCGCUGGCGACGCUGCAGAGCUCGGCCGACCUCGAGGCGCACUUCGUGCCGCUGGUCAAGUCGCUGGCGGGCGGCGAGUGGUUCACGUCGCGCACGUCGGCCUGCGGCCUGCUGAGCGCGUGCUACCAGCGCGUCAACGCGUCGCUGCGCGCCGACCUGCGCGAGCUGUUCCGCGCGCUGUGCCAGGACGAGACGCCGAUGGUGCGGCGCGCCGCCGCCGCGCGCUUCGCCGAGGUGGCGCGCGUCGUCGAGCCCGAGCACGUCAAGGGCGAGCUGGUGGCGACGCUGGUGGCGCUGGCGCAGGACGAGCAGGACUCGGUGCGCCUGCUGGCGGUGGAGGCGUGCGUGGGCGCGGCGGCGCUGCUGCCCAAGGACGACGCCAAGCAGAUCGUGGUGCCGCUGCUGCGCCAGUGCGCCGAGGACUCGUCGUGGCGCGUGCGCUACUCGGUGGCGGACAAGCUGAUCGAGUGCCAGCGCGCGCUGGGCAAGGAGGUGAGCAAGGUGGACCUGGUGCCCGUGCUGCCCGUGCUGCUCAACGACGCCGAGGCCGAGGUGCGCUCCGCCGCCGCCGGGAAGGUGCUCGCCUUCUGCCAGAACCUCGACCCGUACCAGCGCGACCUCAUCAUCGUCAACACGAUCCUCCCGCACGUGAAGGAGCUGGUGGGCGACCCCAGCGCGCAGGUGCGGGCGGAGCUGGCGGCGGCGCUGCCGGGGCUGAGCCCGCUGCUGGGCAAGCAGUGCACCGUCGACCACCUGCUGCCGCUCUUCCUGGCGCAGCUCAAGGACGAUGCGGCCGACGUGCGCCUCAACGUGCUGUCGCACAUAGGCUGCGUCAACGACGUCAUCGGCGUGCAGCAGGUGGCGCAGUCGCUGCUGCCGGCCGUGGUGGAGCUGGCGGAGGACGCCAAGUGGCGCGUGCGCCUCGCCAUCAUCGAGUACCUACCGUCGCUGGCGGGCCACCUGGGCGCGCAGCUGUUCGACGAGCGCCUCAACGCGCUGUGCUGCAACUGGCUGGUGGACCACGUGUUCGCCGUGCGCCAAGCGGCCGCCGGCGCGCUCAAGAAGCUCAUCCUCAAGUUCGGGCCCGAGUGGGCGCAGAGCGCCGUCGUGCCCAAGGUGCUGUCGCUCGCUCGCGAGCCCAACUACCUGCACCGCAUGAUGUGCCUCCUGUGCAUCGGGGAGAUCGCCGAGGUGUGCGGUGCCGAAAUCACCAUGCGCCUCCUUCUGCCCACUGUCCUGUCGUUGGCGUCGGACAACGUGGCGAACGUGCGUUUCAACGUGACCAAGACUCUGGUGAAAAUCUCUCCGCUGGUGAGCCCCACGUGCCUCCAGACGCAGAUCAAGCCCGUCCUGGACCAGCUGUGCAUGGACAACGACUUCGACGUGAAGUACUUCGCCUCGGAGGCCUUCGUGUCCAUCGCCGACGCCACCGGCAUCAGAAUCGACAGCUACGUCUCCAACCGCCCACACUCAGCUUCCAAACCGGCGGCUUCGGAGAGAGGGAGAAAAGAUUAA